AUGAACACGUGGAAAAUUCCUUCUCCAACAGUUUACCAUGAGAUUGUACCAAAAAUUGAUCGCGUGCAAUAUCGUCUCUUCUAUUCGCGCUGGAUGUACUAUGUCAUAUUACCACAGCAAUUCAAGUCCCUAAAACAGUAUGAGGCCGUUGAAAUAUUUGGCCAGAAAGGACUGCAAUUAUAUCUAAAGUUCGCUUUGAGUCAAGUGGAACGUGGCGAAUUUCAGUGUGGAAGUAAAUCGACUGCUUGCGAUUUGCUUCCCUUCGUGGCAUCUAUCUUGAGCUAUCUUGAGAAUCCAUCAAAAACCAUCGCGAAGUUUACAAUGCUUCCUAAUGGAGUAGAUCCACCGAAGUAA